CGGUGCAACAGAAUCAAUUCGGACGUCAACCUACCCCUGCUGCACCACCACGUGUCGUUCCUACGCCACCACCAAGGCAACCCCUGCCUGUUCAACCUCAAGUUGCACCUCAACCUCAACCGCAUCUGCCUCAACAACCUCAACCACUUCGGCCGAGAACCAGGCGCCCACCUAUUCGACCUCCUACACCUGCACCAUUCCAACCUCAACAGCAAAACUUCAACGUCCAACAGUCGCUUCAAACACCACCGCCACAAGUUCAGCAGCCUUUCCAAAAUCGACAGCCCCCAUUCGUCCCACAACAACCUCAAUUCCAAACUCAACGACCACAGCAGUUCCCACAACAGUUCCAAACACCUCCACCGACUACACCUGCACCCCAAUUGCCAUUUGCAAGCCAACAAAAUCUGCGAACUGGAG